UUUCAAGCGAGUAUAGCGAGCGAGUGACCUUGAUUCCUUCGCCAACGUGUUGUAUAGUCGUUCGUUUUGUGGGGGCUCUAAAGCCCCGAGAGAACCCGACUGACGACUACUACUACUACCACUAGUAAUUCUCAUUCGCCAGUACGAAUUCAAUCACCGUUCUCGAAACAACUUCGCUAGAGUUUUUUUUUAAACGAGUUUCGUCUUCGAAAGGGUUCUUUUUUUAAAUUGUAUUUUUAACAUUUACUUUUAUUUUUUUCCUCGAUAAGUGAACAACCACACCAUGAAGCUCUUUUUUAACAUUUAUAUCGUCGUUACGUGCUUCCUUGCAUUUUCCUAUGCAUUUCCCGCGUUCGACACGUCUGAAGAAAGCAACGAGAAAAAAAAUGUCGAUACGGUGCUCGUUCUUCCCGGAUCCGAGAUGGACAUGUUCGGCAGGCCACAUAUUCCUGGAUUAUCCGAUUCUUCCGAUUCCGACGAAUCGUGGUCUUUAUUUAGGCCAAGCACCGUUAAUUUCGAUUAUCUAAGACAAUCAUUGCAAGAUCUGAUGAAUCGACUUAGAAAUCAAAUGGCCAAUAUUGCGUCAAGUUUCCCGUUAAAUACUGGAUUUGUAACACGUUGGAACAAAAUUCCUGAAGGAGCAAAUACUACUUCUACUACCAAAAUCAUCAAUGGGCACGUCGUGACGAUCAACGAAACGAUUUACAGCGAUGGUAACGACACCGAAGGAACGGUCAUUCGUGUACGUGUCAUCGACGUUAAACCUCAAAACGGAACGAUGAUUCUUCCAGAAAACGAAAAUGGAACGAUAAUUCCAACGUCUACGGUUAUUCCUACGGAAAAUGGUAACAAGACGGAAAAUGGUACGACGCCACAACGAAGCGUUGAAACCGUAGAGGAGUUCGAUAACGAGAUACCUAAUCAGGGAGACGUCUUGAAUGCUUAAACGAAAAGAAAGAAUAGUCAUUUUUACAAAAUCGAAAACCUCUCAAAUUUUCUCGUGUGUGUACAUAUAUAUAUAUAUAAAAUAAAUAAACCAUCAGUAAUAACGCAACAAAUUGUGUAUCCAUUUUAAAGGAAUAAUAGUGUAGCGAAAACAUUAUCUAUAAUAAACGUGAAAAAAAUAUAUAUACACAUAUAUACAUAUGUGUAUCUAUAUAUAUAUGAAAUAAUCUAGUAUAGCGUAUAUCGUAUGUAGAUGGUGGUAUAAGCUUAGUAUAUACAUAUGCAUGCGAAAUGUAAAUGAAUAUUUUAAAUAUGUGAAUGCUAUUCCGAAUACAACAUUCUUGUAAUUUAUAUAUACACACGCUCACAUUUAUAAUCGCACAUACAUACGUACAUGUGUAUAUAUAUAUAUAUAUGUGUGUGUAUGUGUGUGUGUGUGUGUGUGUGCGCGUGUGUGUACGUACGUAUGUAUGAUAAACCCAAUUGAAAUUAUUCAAUCGAGUUACUUAAAUAAAUAAAAAAGAAACAAUCUUCCUAGUCCAUUCAAUGAAUCAACAAAUUUAAUGCUGAAUACUUUGGUGGCGUAAACAAUUGAUUAAAAGGCUUAAUUGCAAUAGCAAUUAUUUUCAAAUUAUUUCAUAUAUAACUAUCUUUUAUAUUUAAAUUCAUAUCAAUUCAUAAAAGUGUCAAGGAAAAAAAUGACAAACAAAAUGUUUCUACGACGUAACUAGAUAGAGUAAAUGUUCGAUAGAAAAGUUGUAUAUCCAGCUUGCAAAAAUUUAUUUACGAUAUAACGUUAUAUACGAUAACGACAUAAUAAUAUUGUAAUUUUUUAAAUAAUAUUCACGAGUAGCGUUUAAUAAAAUAUUUAUACUGAUGUUCA